UAAAUCUUCUAAAAGACGACGUUAGCGUGUAGUUUUGUAUAUUUAUUCUACAUCCUCUCGAACUGUCGCAAAAUGUUCAAAUAUUGGUAAACAUUUUACAUAAUUUUUCGAAAAGCUACAGAUUGUAAAUUUGAAUUUAUAAUUCUAUUCCCUAUAAAGAAGAAUUGGAGCAAUUUUAUACAUGCAUGCGUACAUACAUGCGUGCAUGCGUGCGUGCGUGCAAGCGUGCAUGCUUGACCAUCAGUGUCAUGACUCAAAAAGCCGAGAGUUCGAUUCCUCUUGAGUUGUAUUAUGCAGCAAAAAGUGUGGAACGAACUGGUAUGGAAAUACAAAUUACUGUUCGGUGCCGGCAGAUAAUCUGCAUAGGAUUGUCUGGCCAAAUCCUAAGAUAGUUUGAAUAUCUCCUUAUUUACAUCCUAUCCUGUUUCACCGUCCACCCCAAUUUUCAAUUUCAAUAAUUACUCCCUUUCCUCUACAGUACCUAUCCUAGUAAACCUGACAUGCCAGCCCUAACUAUACCUUUCCUUGUAGUUGUUGAUGUCAGUAUCUAUCUCUGUCUUGGUAUUGGAAACGAUGUGGCUCACAUAUCAUAUACCGCAGACGUAAAAGAUUGAACAGAACAGAACAGUACAUACAUGCUGCCAUACAAAGUACCGUACAAAAGUACCCAAAGUAAUGGAAAUUUUUGACUGUGGCAAACCUGUUGGAAACUACAUUUCCCUAGGAACUUGCUCGCUGUCUGCAAGUACGAGCCACUAGUGUCCGAUAAGUUGGCAUUCCAAGUUGGAGAUAUUAUUCAAUUCAUCACAGAAAUCUAUAGCGGAUGGUGGGUUGGAAUGUUUAAUGAGAAACUGGGAAUUUUUCCAUCGGUUUUGGUCAAAGAACUUCCGCAUGAUUGGAAUAAGAGCACUAGGAGCUUGCUGGUCAUCGACAAGUACGACCCAGUGGAAUCGAAUGAGUUGGCAAUAAAGGUCGGAGACAUUAUUCAAUUUCUGGUAGAAGUAAGUGAUGGAUGGUGGUUUGGAAAAGUUAACGAAAAUCUGGGGAUAUUUCCAUCCAAUUUCGUGAGAGAACUACCACCUGAUUGGGAGGAAAGUACCAGGGACUUCCUCGCUGUCUGUCAUUAUGAUACAUCAGAGUCUGAUAAGUUGGCGUUCCACAUGGGGGAUGUUGUUCAAUUUAUCUCAGAAAUCCGUAAUGGGUGGUCGUUUGGAAAGUUUAACGAGAAGCUUGGGAUAUUUCCGCUAAACUUCGUGAGAGAACUACCACCUGAUCGGGAUAAGAUACGAAGGAAAUUGCUCGCCGUUGAAAUGUAUGCUGCUCCAGUUCAAUCGAACGAGUUAGCCAUCAGAGUCGGAGACAUUAUUGAAUUUAUGGUAGAAGUCAGUCAUGGAUGGUGUUUUGGGAAAUGUAAUGAAAACCUUGGGAUAUUUCCAUCGAAUCUCGUCAGAGAAUUACCACCUGAUUGGAAUAUCAGUCCUAGACUGUUCAAAGUCCACGAGUCAUUCAACUCAGAAAGUAUCGAUAGACUUUGCCUCGCUUCUGGUGAUAUGAUCCAAUUCGUUUUAGACCAUGACGGUAACUGGUUCUGGGGAAGGAUUGAUGAGCAAAUUGGAAAAUUUCCCAGAAGCCAUGUCACAGAAAUUCUUGAUGAGCAAAUUUCCAGAACCGCUAAAGCUUCAAAUAUAGUGCAGGCUACUUCUGUAAUUUCAUCCUAUCCCUGUUACUUGGAUAAGUUGAAAAAAUAUCUGGAGGUGAUUUUUCCGUAUGAAGCUGGAUCAACUACUGAAUUGGAUUUAGCCGUUGGAGACUUGAUUGAAUUCAUUGAGGAAGUUGAGGAUGGUUGGUAUCGAGGAAGCAAUUUGAAAAAUGGAAAGACUGGGAUAUUCCCGUCCAACUUCGUUACUGAACUGUCUGACUUUGAUAGUUAUCUUAGAGGACUAGGGGCCAACUUUAGUAACAAGUCAUCUCCUGAAAUGGACCUUUUUAACCAAGACUUCUAUCAGUCUGAUAUAAUGAGCCUGUUAGAAUGCAGUAUUUGUCUUGACCUUUGCGCCGGAAGGAUACAAGUGUAAAAAUGGGCAUAAUUUUGCCACUCACACACCCUGGAACUGCAGAGUUGCCCAAUUUGUAGGGUUGAUUAUAAAGAAGGAUCGGUCAGAAAUGUUUUGGCGGAGCGACUGGUUGCCAAGGAAAGGGAAAAGGAAACAAAAAAUGCUAUUUAACGGAAUUAAAAACUAUCUUUCCCAUUUUGAUUUUAAAUGGUUUAAAAUAAUAUUUUUUAGAAAAUUAUGUGGAUAAAGUUUGCUUACAUACGUAUUUAUCGUUGUUAACGAAAGAGAUGCUUGAUUUUAAAAUGUGCUGAAUGCGUUUGCUUCUCAAUUCUUGCUUCUCAAUCUAACUCUAAUAGCUGCGAAGGCCUUGAUGAUUAUGUAAAUAAUUUAAAAUUAUAACAACAAAAUCUUAAUAAAAGUGUGUAACGCAUAGGUAAACUAAA